AUGGAUCAAUAAAACUAUCCAAGUCACAACAACAACUAAAACCUGACUACAACUAUUUCCUCCAACACAACUAAUAACUACUAAGGAGGUCAGUCACAGAAUAAAAAAUACUAUGAUAACGCAAUGAGCCCAAUCAAUGAAUUCAGUCAGAAGACGAGCUACUAUAAUGCAGGCUACACCACUCAUGCUGAUGAGCAGGACAUGCGCUUCCCCAAUAUCACCAAGCAAUCUAAGACUGACUUUGCAGUAAGAGAUGCAGCUGGUGGGGAAGGAGAGAACGUGAUUCAGACUGUCAUGUAUAAACAGCUCAAUCAAAUGAAGAACCUGAACUAUACGUUUGAGCGCAAGGAGAACGAGAAGAUAGCCAAGUACUUUAAUCUGGGGGGUGAGCCAUCACUUAAUGAAGCAUCCAAUCCAACCAGCUAUAACUUUGACAAUACUAAUCUGCAUUCUAAUCAGCAACCGCAAUACCUCAGGACUAAUCCAAAGCGGUCUAACAAGGUACUUGAUAGCUUUAUACCAUCUUAAAACUAAGAGCGUUAUCAUCAAAGUCCUAAAGUCAACAACAAUGGCAGUGUAAGUGGAGGAGUACCUUAUCCAUAACAAAAAUUCUCUAAGGUUCAAAUCUAAAGUUCAACUCAAAGAAAUGAUACAGCUCAAUUCGAGAGUCUAAUAAAAUAAUAGUAACAGUUUCCUGAGAUAAAUCGCAAUAAUGCUGCCAACAUCGCCACAAGCAAUAGUAACAGAUCAAAGACACAGGUCAAACUCAGAGGAAAUCAAUUUAAGUUCUAGCAUAACGUGAAUCUACCUAUCAAUUAAAACAUAAUAAACUAUGAGAGAAUGGCCUAAACUUCGCAGGAAUCUUAAGACUCGCAUCAUCAUCACAACUAAAAUGCAAGUAUCGAGAAUUCCUAGGAUUUUAAAGAUGGUCGUGGGAGUCAGGAUAGAUUAAAGCAGUAUUUUGGAAUAAAUCCUAAGGAUUCUAAGUUUAACUUGACUCUUUAAAAUAUGAACCAGAAUUCCCCAAAAUUUUUUAAUAAGAAAUACAUCAGUCCAAGGAGACUGUUCCAUAAUUGCAAAUACUGCAUGAUAAAAUACGGGAAUAUAGAUGCUCAUGGUGGAAUAGUAUCAAGCAACUAAAAUUACAGAGUGAGUAAUAAGGAGAGUUCCAAUGAACAUAAGACCUAUUCUAGAGAGAGAUCCUUGAAAAAACCUAAAAAUACUUUGUCAAAUCAUCAAAUUUAGUAUCGUAACAGAGACUAUGAAAGUGAUAAUAACUUCUCUCCAAUACAGAACAAUAGAAACAGACAUAAUAUAUUGCCUGAGUUCCAUACUCCCAAGCACCACCCUUCUUCAUUAAUUCAAGGCAUUAAUAACAGAGUAAAGAACUCAGCCAAUCAUAACACAUUAGCUCCUAUUAAUAGCGGAACUGGAAUUAUUAAUAACUACUAAACUGCAGCAGCCUAGAUUCAUCCAGAUUAAUAAUAACUUUACCACUAGAUGCUUCAUGAGCAUAACUUAUAUCAUCAACAGGAUCAAUACCAAUAUAAUAAUCCAUAGAUGAAUUACGAUCCUAUGAUGCUUAAACAGUAGUAUUAGAGAUUUAAAAAUAACAGCAAAGACCUUAGCUUUAAUUAGCAUAGGCAAUAGUACAAUCGCAGUCUCGAUCCUAGACAUGCUCAUAACCAGCAAUAGCUUUAAUAUCAGCAAUAACUAUACGACCCCAGAAUAUUGAAAGAUUAGCAAAGAAUGAUAGUUAAUUAGAAGUAUAUCCCAGUUUUAAAUGAUCAGCAAUAUUAUACUGAUUAUUAGAACUACCAAUAUUAGACAAUUGAACCAAAUCAAUAUGUCAUUCGUGAUAAAAGACAAAAACUUAGGAUAAUAAAUGGAACAGGCCCACCUGCAAACGGUAGCCUAACAGUUUAACAUAAAAAAUCCAAGGCAAAUAUAGGGGAUGAUAAUCUUUUUGAGGAGUUUUAGGCUAAACUCCUAGGAAAGUAACAUAGUCCAGCAAGACUAAAUCACACUUUAAGUCCUACUAAUAAGAUUAAUCAGACUCUUAAUCAAGCCAGUAAAGAUAGACUUUAUAAACAAGUGCAAACUGCUUCGAAUACUCAUUUGCAUCAUGGUCAUGAUCAUUCUCAUGCUCAUAUUCAUGAUAAAGACAACAGAAAUAUGAUAAAUAAGGAAUAAUCACCAUCAAAUGAGAUGUAUAUUAAUUAGCAAAAGUAAAUAGUUGGAGCUGGCCUUGGCAGGUAGAUUCAAUCUAAUACUCAAACUCCGAAACUACAAUAAAUGAUGCCUAUCAAUAUUGACCCGAAUAGCUUUGAGCAAAGUAGAUAAGUAAUUAGGAAACACAUCUUAAAUGAUUAGAGCUAAGGAACUUUUUAGUUGUAAACUGAGAGGGGGCUAAGUCAGAAGAUGAAUUCGUAGAGGGAUCUAAAGUUCCCUAGCUUUGGAACUCAAACGCAAACUAACGAUGGAUAGCAUACUCACAGGGGAACUUAGAAUAAUAGCAGAGUAGAAUCAUCUGCUAUAUCACCUCGGGGCCAAUUUGGAAUAGCAAAUCAGUAAAGCAUGAGUUUUUAAACUAGAGGCCUAAGUAGAAGUCCGAUUGGUUAACAAUCUUAAAUCUUACCACCAAAAGGACCUCCUGCUUGGAUCUCUGCAGAGUUAUAUGAUAGAUUAAUGGGUAGAAGUAAACCGCACACUCAUAUUUGUACAACUAACCAUCAUGGCCAUAGAUGUAAGAUUCAUAGCUAAUCCCCUAAGGUCCAUAAACCUAUUGUAAAGGCAUAAUCGCUGAGAAAAUCCUUAAGAGAUGAAUCAACUUCUCCUAUUAGUAGUGUAAAAAGAAGAGGAGUAUCUUAAGAGAUUUAAACAUUCGAAGUCAACUUGCAAAGUGAGUAAGUUGAAGUGGAAGCCCCUAAGAAGAUAGGUAAUCAGGACUGGGCAAAGUCAAAUCUAUACAAAUAUGUGUUCCAAAAGUUCAAAGCUGACUUCAAUGCUAGACACAAUAAAAAUGUGUCUAAUCCAAAUGAUGUAAAUGAUUAAGAAGCAGUAGUUGAGACCAAACCAUCCACACCAGUUGAAGACAAUCUUAAUCCUGAAAAACUUGAGAUUUAUACAGAAAUAGAAGCUACUUACAAAGCAUCUUUACUAAAAAAGAAAGCAAGAACAUACAAUCAGCCAGAGACUCUUCAGGAAUUCCAUGAAAAAGCAAAGACUACAAUUGCAGUCUUAACUAACAACAUGAUAGCCACAGAUGUUUCUCUUGAAAGAAUAUUUGAUCACUAUGAGGAGGUAACAAGAGAGAAUGUCAUUAAGCUGUUACUCAGAUGUAAGAUGCUCUAUAAUGCAAGAUUUGAUGUGAAAGCUAUACUCAUGUCAAUCAUUAGAAAGGAGAAAUCCUUCAGGAAAAUAGAGAAGCUUAUGAAUGAAGCACUUAACACCAGACAUAUGAAUCCCAAAUUGUAGCAUCUAUUGUUCGAAGGUCUGCGGGUAGCUUAAAGACUUUUCAGUUAAAUCAGCUAGUUCAAGCAUGAGCAUAAGAUAUUCAAAGGCUCUUUCAACUUUAGAAAGUAGGAUUACUCAGAGGCACUGCUAGAUGAAAUUAAGGUGAUGGAGGAUUUCAUUCAAACAUAGGGAAUUAAGCGACCAGAGGACAUGGAGGACCCAGAUGAGCUGCAUAAUCUAGUGAGAAUAUCCAAGGAAAGCCAAGCUGGCACCAGACAUCACCAUCAAUAGCUCACACAUCACCAGCCUCCUCAUCAUCAUCAGACUGACUUAAAUGUGAGAUCUAGUGUGCAGCUAAGGCAAUCUUAAAAAUCAGAGUAGUAGCAGGACUCACCUAAUCAGUAUGAGAAUUACUUCUGA